AUGACCCCGCCCGAUGUCAAGGUUAGCAUUGCGGAAGUUUGCGAGGUUGGUUUUUUUGAUAUUCUACCUUGAAUUAUUCUGUUGAAAAACUGAGAAAAAUCGAAUGAAAUUUUAACAAAAUAUUACGGAGGCUGUUAUUAUUAUUUUUUUUUUUUUUGAGGACAGAAUUGAAUUUUUAAUUAAAUUUGAUUUUUUCAUGAUGAUAUAUAUUUUUUGAUUUUUCUGCUUCAUGGGGAAAACAAAGUUAAUUUUUCAGAACUUUUCUGUUUAGAAGUAAUAUAUUUGGCCUGUAUAAAAAUCACGCAAAAUUUAGUUUUUGGAAGGAUUUUUUUGUGGAGCUUUCUCGAAAUUUUUUUGCUCGGAAAAAUUCGAAAAAGUGUACUCAAAAAAAUAAAUUCAAAAAAUAAAAAAAUAAAAAAAUAAAUUUCUAGAUUCUUCCAAUAUUCUUUGUGAUUUUUUUGAGCUUAAUCGUUAUUUUGGGAAAAAUUUAUGUGCUUCUUGAAUCUCUUUCUCCAUACGCUGCAGUAGAUUCUGAGGCAUUUUUUCUAUUUAUCUAUAAUUUUUUCUAUCCUUUUCAUGAUCUUAACUUUUUCAAAAGGUUACUAAUAUUGAUUUUCAGGUCCGUGGCUAUGGUUUAAACGCCCCGGAACUGCUUUCCUUGGCGGUUUCCGCAGCUGAUCGGCUUCCGCCAUGUCCCAAAGGAACCGCUUUCGAUUUGGAUAAUGUUUUCAUUUCGAGCAAGGGAACUGUUGAGGUGACUUCUUCACAUUUUCAGUGGUUUCUAUGCCACUUCACCAGUAAAAAGUUUGAAAAACUGAAUUGAAAUCUAAAAAAGAUUUUUUUUUUCAAAAGACUUUCUAGCACCUUUUUCAAGACUUUUUAGUACGAAAAAAAUUUUUGAAAGCUCAAUAAAACGAUGGAAAAAGUGUUUUUUUCUUCGGAAAAAGCCUAAUAAAAAGUUUAGAUUUAGGUUUUUCCAGAGAGUUAAGAAAAAAAGAAGACUUUUUUUACUACUAAAAGAUUUUUUUCUUUUUUUCUUCCUUUUUUUCCUCUGAAAAGGUUUUUUUAAAAGAUUUUUUUACCCUAUUUCACUCUUUUUAUCAUGUUUCUAUUGUUUAUCUCUCCCUAAAUGUUAAUUAAUAUAUAAAAUCUCUAAUUUUUCGGUUUUUUUACGACUCUUCUUGAAAAACGAAUAGUUUUAUCUUACUCUGCUUUUUUUCUUGUUCUCUCAGGCUUUUUUUCAUUUAUUUUGAACAAAAAUUCAUUCUCAUUGAUUUUUCUGACAGCUUUUUUUUGAAUAUUUUUUUGAGUCUCUGCCAUUUUUAAAAAGCUUCUAUUUUGAUUCGUACCUUUUUCACAGUUCGUUAUUUUAACUCUCAGCCAAUUCAAUUUAACUUAUUUUUCGUCUUCCGUGAAAUUUCAUUUAAUUUCUUAAUUUCUUUAACUUUUUCGAAUUAUCACGGAAGGGAAACAUAUCUUUUGGAGCUAUCACUUAAGGGCUAAAUUUUCAAUUUUUUUUGUUGCUCUAAUGAAAGAACUCACGUUUUUCAUUCUUAGAUCAAAGCCGUGCCAUCAACCUCAGUCGGCCGAGAAUUCGUGCCGCCAGAAUGGGCGAAAGGCGAAGAAGACCCACAGGCGGCGGCCGUAUAUUGUAUCGGCGCCGUUCUUCGCGCCGCCGGCGCCGAAGAAGCCUCCGACGUGGAUUUGUUCUCUCUUGUGAACAUCCUGACCGUGGCCAUGACUGGAACGAGGCCGACGGCUCAUCGGAUGGGCCAAAUGGCAAGGUAAAAUAGGCGUCCAAUUUGAUAGUAAGGAGGAAUUUUUGAGUCCGAGGAUAUUCGUGAAUUUUGCAUUCCAAAAAUCUUUUUCCAUUAUUCAAAUUUUUAAAGAUUCGAAUUUUUUAGCUCAGACCCGGGUUUUUGUACGAAAAAGAUUGAAGAUUUCGACCUUUCUUUGAAAAAUCACAGUAGCCUUAUAGCCUAUUCCGCGCCAGCUUGUCACGUUUUUCUUCCUGCCGAAAAUAGCCUAUACCAAAAUAGAUCAAAACUGAGCAUUUUCGCUUUAAGAUCUUCGUUUUUUGCUGCUCUUUGACGAGAUUUUAGAGCAAAAGGUUGUAUUUAAGGUAACUUUUUCUAUUCUGUUAUUUUGAAACGUGACUAUCUCGCUCGGAACGCACUAUACCAAGAAUAUAUAAUUUAGUUAUAAGUUUUUCUUCACAGGAACCAACUACGCGGACGUGACCCCGCUUCCAUGUUGAUGUGUGUUUAUGAAGAGCUGAUGGGCGAUGAGGAUGAAAAUAGGGUAAUCAGAGUUUUUCCUAUUUAAAGUAUAAGAAAAGAAGAUGUUAGAAUGAUUUUUAUAACGAUGUCUCUGUAAUUCUCGAAAUCAAGAAGUACAGGAAAAUUUUUUUGAAUAAUUUUCGACCAGUGUGAACGGUGACCAGAAAACUAUCAUUGAAAGCGCAAAAAAGUACCGUAUCUAAAAAAUUUUCUACAGUAACCCAUGACGGUAAUAACUGAAAUAUUCCUAAACUUGCAUUGCCUAACGAUACUACGAGCCUAAAAAAAAGGUCAAUUCUUAGACCCGCACGUGAUUUACCGUAACCCGGCUACAGUAAGAGGGAAUGGCUCCAAAAAGUUGUGUCCGCAUUCCUGACGUCAUAUGAUAGAAUUGGUUGAGGUUUUAUCAGAAUUAAAAAAACUUUUCUCUACCUUUUUUUGAGAAAGUUUAGAAAAAUUACCUUUUUUUCUGCCUUUUUUUCUUCCAAAAUGAGGGUCCAAAAAAAUGGGGGGCAAUUAGAGAAGUAUUCAGAAAAAAAGGUGAGAAGGAGGAACAUGUAUAGAGAUUUAGCUAUCUUUUCAGAUGGGAUCUUAAAAAAACUUCAUAAAACCAUCGUCAAAAUUAAAUUUUCAAGCUCGACGACGACAUGAUGGACUUUGACGACGAGGAAAUCCUGUCGAUGGAUGGAAGUCACUUAAGGGACGACUUGAAUCACGUGCCGACUGCCGUCAAGCACGCCACCGAGUACUACGAAGAGGAGAGCCGGGGUCAGAAUUUUGAAAAAUAAGUUAAUGGGACAAAAAAUAGAACCAAACAAAGGGUUUUGAAACUAUAAACUUUGUAGGGGUAUAAUUUUUUGGAGUAAAAAAAAAAUUCUAAAAUGUGAAUUAAACAAUAAUACUGUUUUUUGAAUGUGUUGAGAUUUGGAUCGAUUAGAGAGAUAGCAGGCGAAAACGAGAGAGUUUUCAGACGCACAGAUUUUUUUAAAAGAUGACGAACAAUUUAUUUUUGGGGGAAAAACGACGAUUUUUCAAAAGUUAGAUAAAGGAGUGAACCAAAGGUUUUGAAUUCACAAACUCGUCACCUUUCUACAUUAUGGAAAAACUGAUUGAUCCUCCUUGAAAUAAAUUUUUUUGGAAUUUUUCAGCCGGAGCUUCAACUUCGACGUCAUCUGGCAACAGCACGCAAAAAGAGACGUCUCCAUUUGGAUUCUUCGAUGAACAUGUUCCAAAAAGUACAUUUUUUGAUUUUACUGAAGAUUUUGAAAAGCUCGAAAUCAAAGUCACAAUCUCAAGCUUUUCUUUUUCAAUUGAACGUUUUGAGCAUUCUCUCCUAAUGACUAGUUUUAAUUUUGACAAGGAAUCUAUAAAAAGUUGGGAAAAACACUAUAUCUAUCUGAUAUAAUGUUGAAAGUCAAUACUUGAGAACUAACUAUUUCUGCGCGUCCGACCUGAAACUACUUGCGCCCGGUGCCAUCUUUUAGCAUAGUUUAGAAGUCUCGAAGUCGGGAGGAUUUCAUGAUAUUUCGAGUUACGGAAAAUUGAGUAUCUGGGAUCUUUGACUAUUAUCAGGCUUGUGCGUCAGGCCGAGCGGCCCGAGCUUUAGGCCUUAUUUUUAAGAGAAAGCUUGGGCCAGGCUUCGAAAAAAAAAACUUAAGAUUUCAUUAAAAACAUUUUUUCCAUAUUUUUACUUGUUGAAUCGUAGUUUCUGUUGAAAUAAAUGUGAAAAAGUGAGCAAAACUUUUUUUUUUGGUGAAAAAUGCUUGAUAUUUGACUUUGAAUUUGAAUUUUGGAUUUGCAACAAAAUUUGAAUUUUUUGGCCGGUUCUCGAACCUCAGUACCGAAGCCGGACGUUUUUGAGCAAUUUCAGGGAUCAUGUAAAAGUUCUGACGUUACUAAAGUGGUCACUAGAAACCCCGACACGUCCAAUUCGCGUUACCAAGAUCCGAGUUAGUGCUUGAGGCCUCGCUGAGGCCGGGUUCGGAAAAAAUGACCGGAGCCCCAAUAAGCUGACUAUUAUAAGAACAGAAAAAGUUUUUCGUGCCUAUAAAGCUCCUUUUAGCCGCGUUUUCAACGUCAGCCAAGCCUGAACCUACCCAAAAACCUCCCUCACCUCCGCCAACGUCGGCGAGCCACUACGAGGAAACUUCUUUAGGUGCUAAUUUUAGACGUUGUUUUUGGGCGAUUUCAAUCGUCUCCUGUGAAACAAAGAAAAACCGGUAUUUUUCCAGGAAAUAUCGGGUCGCCGCUGUCGCAGAGUACGCGCAUCAACGAGUCGUCGUACAUCGAGGAGAGGAGCAUCGAUAUUUCUUUCAAUCGGUCCGAGUUUUGUCCCUCUUUCUGUAGAUGUUUUCAUUAUUGUGUCGUUUCCUUCGGUGGAUCCAUCGGAGAAGGUGAUUUUUCUAGGGUUUUAGUUAGUUUAUCUCAGAUAGUUUUUCGCUAGCAAUUUUACAGAUUUUUCUUAUAUUUUUGAAGAUGUAAUUUUUGGCUCUAGGACCAUAAUUUUUGAAGUUUCGGUAUGAUUUUUCUCGAACUCUUUAGAAAAAAAUUUUUAUGUGAGUCUGAAAAAUUUUUUUGGAUUUUUCCAUCUCAAAAAUGGUUGGAAAAAAGCCAAAACCAGAGAUCAACAGAACCUGAAGAGACGUCAGAGAAACCAGACAUUUUUUGCUCUAAAAGCUAAAAAUAUCCUCAUUUAAGAAAGGUAUAAGUAAAAAUGAAGCUAGGAAGAUAAUAAGUGAUAUUUUAUCUCUUUCAAGCUUUUUCCAAAGCGGACAGUUUUUAGAAGCACGGCAUUUGAAGACAAUUUUGUCGACAUGAAAAACGAUCGAAGUACGGUGCCGACUACGGUAGUCCAGCCGCCGACACCAACGACGACAGUGACGUCACCGCCGCGGAAUAUCCCGAUGAAUCCGUUCGACGAGGACGAAACCGAACACGGAGGAACUCUGUCCGGAAGGGAUCCCUUCGAGGAUGAGAGCUCCGGCAGCGAGCCGCACAAGAAGAAGCCCGCUGAGACGGCCACCAAGAAGAAACUGGCUCAUAGGUUUGGUGCUUUGGAGCUGUUCGGAAAACUUUGAAAAAAGGAAAAUUGGAUGAGCAAGGAUUAGAGAAGCUUUUCUUUCAGUAGUGGGGUUUUUUGGACUAAAAUACUUGUAAAAACGUUUAAUUUUUGAUCUUAUCACAAGGAAGAAACUCUCUUGAUGCUGGAAUGAUUAGAUGAGUCUGUAAGGGUUCCUAAGAAAAAGCUGGCUCAUAGGUUUAGUGACCCUGAAGCUGUUCAGAAAUCUAUUUAGAAAUGAGCCUUGGACCAGGAAGGAAUAGAAAGACUUCGAAACUCUCGAGAAUUCGGACUUUUUGGACUAGGUAACGAGGUAGUAAACUUUUGGAACGUUGAAUUUUCGAUCUUAUCACAUGGAAGGAAUUCUCUUGGAGUUUUCAUGACUAAAUGAGUCUGUAAGGGAUACAAAAAAAUGGCAAUAAGUUCAGUUCUUUUGGAACUGUUGAAAAAGUAUUUGAAGAAAAGUGCGCCUUGAACCAGGAAGGUUUCGAGAGACUCGGGAACUGUUCAGAAGAUCUGAACCUUCUUUUAAUUCCAAAAUUGGGUUUUCGCAAUUAAAUAGAAAACUUGGAACGUUAAAUUUUGGAUCACACGAAAAGACCAGGAAGACCUAAAAAAACUAUAAAAAAAUAUGGUUUAAGUUUAAGUUGAAUGUUCGAAUCAAAAAUAUACGAAAAAAACUGGUCCAGGGUAACCAAAACGGUUUUUUUGAGUCAGCUUUUUCUUUCGGUUUUUCCGGGAUUCUGACGAUUUUUUUCAGAAAGCAGAUUUCUAGUAAAUUUAAAGUAGACAAUGUUUUGAAAAAUUUUAAUAAUAAUAAAAAAACUAACUGUCUUAAGAUUCUCCUCGUCAUCGGAAGAAAUCGUGGAAGCCCAUGUUCCUGACGAGGAUGAAGGCUUUUUCGCUGUUGAUUCUGCCCCGAAACGAAUCAAGAAAGCUCAGACGUUCUACGAGGAGGAAGAUCAAGACAUUGGUAGAAGAUCUGGAAUUUCGUGAAUAUUUGAAGGUUUUCAGAAGAUCGAUCACCUCAGCAUCGGUACGCGCCGAUCGUUCCUGAGCCCGGACUGACGCCUUUCGAAGAGGCUCAGAGGGCUCUGCGGGCCAAUCGGGCUCGCCAUCGCCCUUCCGCCGCCUCCAGCAAUUCUCUGCCCGCCGGAUCUGUACCGCAAUAUGAUGGUGUGUAGAGGAUAUUUGUUUUGAAGAAUGGUUUUUUGAAAAAAAAUGGGGGCAAAAAAGAAAAAAAAAAGGAAAAUCAUGAUAACAUCUGAAAUAAAGGUUACAGUAACCUAGACAACUUUUUAAAAAGGCCUGAAAAUUCCUCUUUUUUUGACAUUUUUUUGUACCUUUUUUUAGUUCAAACUUUUCUUUUAGAGGAAAUAAAAAGUAUGGGUAACAAGACUGAAAAAAAUAAAAAAGGAUAAUUCAAAGCCAAAGAAAGUUUAUCCUUCCGGAAAGAGUGGAAAAAAGCUUACGUACGGUUUUUUUAAAAUCUUAUGACAAGAAAAGUCAAGUUUUCGCUCAGUUUUUCGGUCGGGAAGACGAUGAAGGAUUGAUAAAAAUUAAUGAAAUUCAAGUUUUCACUGUUUGAUUUACAAAAAGAAGAGACUAUGAACUUUUUUUUUGAUCAUUAAGAAAUCUUCUUUCAAGCUUUCAAAGUUCCAAAUUUUUUUUAUUUGUGUUGUAAUUAUCACAAAAAAAAUAGAUCACUGGACAAUAGAUCCAAUAAAAGAAAUCCUUUUUCCAGAAGUGCCACAAGAAGUUUCAAGGCAAAGACACUCGGCCGCCUUUGACAGAAGUCGGACUUCCGAUUCCAAAGGCUACGAAUCGGACGAUUCCGAGUUUGAAAGGGAUCGAUUGGACCUGGAUGUGAAACCCAAGCCUGUGGAGGCCGUUGUCAUCAUGGUGAGUUGGAAAAAAAAAUCGUUCUGAUGAAUGAAAAAAAAACAAACUUGUUCACAUGAAUGAUGGGAACCAUCAUUUUGCGAUACUAGGAACUAAAAAGGCUAAAAAAUCGUUGAAAAAGUCAGGGUUUUCAAUUUUUAAUAUGAGUUUUGUAUAUCUUCCGCUCAUCCCUGGAAUGUGUGUGUGAAGUUUUUUUGACCACGAAGAAAAAUUGAAAUCAGAAGUGGGGGGUGAAAGAUAAAGACUUGGAGAAACAGUCAGAAAAAAAAGGUGAGAGGGUAGAACAUGAAAAAAGAUUUUGCAACUUUUAAAGAUUUUUGUUUUCCUUUUUUUUUUAGCCUUUAGGAUUUCUACAGUAUUUUCUUCUAUAAAUCAUAUUUAUCAGAAUUCUGGUUACAAUUUGUCUGACUAUCAUGAUUGCCUUGUCUUUGAAGUCUCACCAAAAUAAGUUCCAGGAGAACCGAUCCCCAUCCCUACCAGUCUCGAAAAAGCCUAUCGAAAAACGGAUAGUGGAAUCAGAAGAAGAAGCUGAAGAAAAAGCGGAAGAAGACGAGGACAUUGAUGACAUCUUCAACCAAUACAAAAAGGUCUGAAGGAAAUUCAGUUUUAUUGCAAGCCCAUAAAAUCCCUUCCCUCCAUAAAAUUCCUUGAUUUUUUGUUUCUAGCAAAACUCGGAGAAUAUGGCUCCCGGCGCAAGACCGACGCCGAUUUUGGCCGAAGUUCGAAGUCCGGCUCCAGAAUCGAUCGAUCGGAUCAGAUCGUCACAAGAAGGUAUCGGUUUAGGGUCUAGUUUUAGAUAAAGAGUUAACAUAAGAAAAUGGAGAGAGAACUUUUUUGGAUCCACCGUAGAUCUCAAAAAAGAAGAAGAGGGCCUGAAACUGUUCCUAAAAAGGCGUCAAAAGAUCUUCCGAUCAGUUCUUAACUUUAUAAUGUGGGGAUAAUUCUAAAGAUGUAAGUUAGAGGAGGUUGACUAAAAAUUUCAAAAAAAUUCUUCAUUUUCACAAUUUACUUCAGUAACAGCUCAAAAAUAUCACGUUUCUAUAAAAAAAUAAAAUGAGAAAAAAAUGAAAAAAAUUAAGAGAAAAAAAUAGAUUUUUUUAUCAUUAUAAAGGAGGUAUUCUAGAAAUCUUCAGAUAUUUUUACGUAGGGAUAGAACUCAAAAAGUCAGUUUUUCAAAUUUAUCAUGAUGCGUAAGUACGACGUUGCACUCAUUAAAAGAGGAUUAGACUUGUUUUGAAAUUUUUGAAAAAGCUCCACUAGUCGAUAACGUUACUAUUGGUUACAUUGAGCUGUUAGGCGGUAAACAAAUAUUUCUAACUUGUAUUGCUUUUACGAUUUAUCUAAAAUUUGAGAUGUAGCUGGAAGUGAAUCAUGCUUGAUUAUUAUUGCAGUAGAAGCUUUGAAAAUGUAUGAAUAGGAAUUCUUAAGCAAACUGUAGAAAGUUUGUCCACAAGAGCUUUUAAAAUCAUAGUUUCCGAGAAUUAGGUUAAUUUUUUUUUUUUUUUUCAAGUUGUGUACUUUUUAAAAAGGAAGUUUUUUUGGCUUUUCUAAGAACUUUCAGGUGAGAAACAUAUUGCUCUGAAAAAGGUUUAGGAAAAUUUCAAAUAGCAAGUUUUAAGUGAUUUUAGGACGCUUCCCAGAAAAAAUGAAUCGUUUUUGGUAACAGAAAAAAAAAAUUCAGAAGAAAUUUUUCACCCACCCGAUUUUAUUAAAUAUUCAUCUUACUGGGUACAUAGAAAGGAAAGUGAAAUUUAAAGGACAUAGCUUUAACGAGAGCAAUAGUGAAAAAAAAAAAAUUAAUCAAGCCCUUGAAAAAAAGUUGGAAGGCUCACCUCAUUAUGACUCGAAUGAGUCCUUUAUGUUGGCUAGUUUGAAACUUCGGUAAUAGCUGAUUCACGGCUGGCUUGAGCUACAAAAAAAGGGUCCUGGCAUGAUAAAAAAAAAAGGAGACAGGCCACGCCCCUUAGAGUCCCAAUUUGACCGUGAAUCGGCUGUACAUCUUUUUCGAAACUAUCUGAAUUUGUUAUUUUUUAUCCGAAAGUCUUGUUCUUCAUCCUCUUCUCCCCGCUACACAGUGUGAUUGACCGCGCUCAUUUGUCAUGCAAAAACGAAUAAUUCGCGUUGACCGUUGGCUGGAAACACGCCGACGUCUUCCCUACGUGAUAUCUUCCCCGUUGCAUUCUUCCUUAACCUUGUCCUCGAAAUUCCCGAUUCAGCCCCUUGGUUGAUGGGAUUUUUAAUGGAAUUCAUGAUUCCAUGUUACUGUUAAAAAAAGAUAUGCUUCUUUCUUUUUGAAAAAUAUUGGAGCCCCGCCUUUUUUUCCAAGCCGCCCCUGUUAAGAAAUACUUGAAACUCGAGGAUUAAAGAAUGAAUAAAUUACGUAUUUUUACGUCGCGAACCUUGUUCUUGAAAUUUCCCGAUUUUGCCUUUUUGACUGAUGGGUUUUCAAUAGAUUUUUAUGAUUUAUUUAAUUAAUUUUAAGAUUUUUUUAGUUGAAUUAUAUGACUUUUGUUGAGAAACGCUCAAAAAUUAAAAAUGUUCGAUUUUUUUCAAUUUUUUUAGCGUUUCAAAGGCUUUUUCAUAAGAUAGUUUGAAAAAAAUAUUAUAGAUAAAAUGUGAACUUUGAAAUUUUUAUAAUUUAAAGACCUAAAAAUUUUGCACAGGACAUAAUAAAGAACACGAUCAGCUAAAUUUACAGAAAAUUUGUAGAAAAUAACAAAAUUCCCCCAAAAACUUUUAUAUUAUGAGUUUCAGUUUGAUUCAUUUAUUACGUCCACAACUUCCGUUGACUUUCAGAACCGCUUCCCCCAGUUUUGCAACGGAAGAACUCGCUGGUUCCGUCGCGGAUCAGCGGACGGCGGUCGACUCGCGGCAGUGUCCGGGCCAGUCUUCGCGGCAAACGAAAGGUAUUAUAAUCAAUAGGAUAAUGCUGAUCCCACUUUACUGACCUUGGAAGCUUCUUUAAGCUUGCGGCUGGUCUUUUUUUGGAACUUGACUGAGGUUACUUUUAAAAUCUCUUGAUCACAGAACAAAAAUAGAAUUUUUUCACGGUUAGUUUGCGCACUUCAAAGGGUCGUAAUCCGACUGAAAAGCAGUAAUCUAAAAGUUUAUCUUUUGUUGAUUUCUUGUGGUGAACUUCAGCCAAGUUUGUCAAAGUUCAACAGGGCGACUAAAAAAGAUCCUUCAUGUGGCAUCGUUUUAGAAAGCAAUUUUGAACAGUUUUGGAACAAGGCAAAUUUUUUUUGUAAAUAUUUUCGUUUUUUUAACAGAAAAAAAGACGAAAUUUACGAUUUUUUUUUCCCGUUUUUUUUAUAACGAUAUUUAUCCUGUUCCAAAGGUUCUAAUCCUGUCCCUUAAAUAGGGCGCAGGCCACGCCUGCGCCUAAUCUAACUAAACUUGAAUUUUUUUCGAUGGAAUUUUGAUCGAUAGUUUUGAAUUAAAAAAAUUUUUGGAGAAUUUAUUUUUAUUGAACGACUUAACCCGAGAAAAAUUAAAUUGUUCUCCUCCUAUUUUCGUAUUUUUUUCACUUCUCUAUGAGACUUGAUGAAUUGUGAUAAAAAAAUCUGAAAAUUUAUCUCUUUAGCUCAUUUGUUUUCCAAAAAAGAAACCUCGAUGAUUUCGCAGCGCCGUAACCAAAUUGAAACGCCUCCCUUUGGGUCCCCUCCUUAAAUUAAAUUGUAUCGAAAUUCAGACGCGCGCCAUGCCCGAGUUCUACGAUUUGACGCGGACCAGCAUUCGUCUUCGGGCGCCCAGUGCGAAAAAAGAGUUUGUUUUUUAUCUUUUUUUUUGGCUUUUUCCAGUUUUUUGAAUAUUUUUUUUUUUUUCGAAGAAAAAAACUUUAAAUUUUGAAAUUUCCAGAAAAAAAUGAGCCUUCAUCGUGUUGAAGACACGGAAGUCGUCGUUGAGCUGCUCAAUGGACAAAAAGUCGAGGUAAUCUCGUAUCGAAAAAGAAAUAUUAGGACUACAUCCAUUUCGAAACGAUAUUCCAUUUAAGAAUUAAGUAAAAAAAGUUUUCGAAGUUUUUAAAAAUCAAAAAAGUUUUCUUCAAAAAUUUUUAGAACAGUUUUUAUUCAGCUGGCUAGAAUUUCAUAAAUUUGAAGUUGUAAACGGAAUUUGGAUAUUAAACUUCACGAGAUUAAACUUCGAUGAUUCAUUUUUAGAUUAGGAAACGAAAAGGGAUAAGUUGAUAACCACAAAAUGAAACUAGAACAACUAUUUCGCCUGAAGUAUAGUGUUAACGUUGAAUACUCAGGCGAGAACUUUUUGAAUUUUUUAAAAAGGACUUGUUGUUAAAAAAAAUUUUCAGAAGAAAAAACCAAUAAAGAUUUGAUGAACGUGAUUCGAAAAUAUCUCGAAAAUGCCUUAUAGGCACGAGUAAGUUGUUUCAAAAAAUUAUUCAGGAAGCUGUUCAGAAUCAACUAUGUACAUUAGACGUUUUCUAGACCUUCGGAUUAUUUUUUAAAAAAGUUUUUCUUCAGAAAAUACUGGAGUUUUAUCGAUUUUUAUUAAUUUUUCUAUGACCUGAGUAUCAGAUAUAAAAACUGCGAAAGAGAGAGUUUAAAGGAAUAUUUCCACUCUGAAAUAAGUAGAUUUCUCCAAAAUUAUACCCAUUUGGGAGAAUAAAGAACAGAAAAGUAUCUGUAAUUAAGCUACAUUAGUUUAGAAAAACAGCAAAAAAAAAAUUAGAGACGCGAAGAUAAUUGACAUUUUUGAGAUUUUUCUGAUCUAUGUUGGCCAAAAUAGAAGAAAGAGAAGAAAAUGGACAGAAUUCUAUAACUACGUCUUCUUAGUUGAAAAUCUCUUUUAUUUGAAAAGUUCUCAUUUCCGCCUUUUUUCGCGGAAAAACAUCACUAUUUCGCAUCUAGAAAUCGAAAAAUGUUCAUCUCCAGAUCGCCUGCCGAUCUGACGUCGUCGCCCGCGACAUCUUCUUCCUAGUUGUCCAGCACAUGAAUCUGAAUGAGCACGUCUUCUUCGGGCUGACCUUCUUGAGAGGUUUCAGAAAAAACGUAUAUUUGAAUGUGAAUAUUGAAUUUUUCCAGAUGGCGAGCACUUCUUCGUGGAAGACCACCAGAAAUUGGAGAAAUUCGCGCCUCCUGGCUGGAAAAGUUUCAGUCGGACCGGCGUUCGGAUCCAAUACGUCCUCCACUUGAGAUUCCGCUUCUAUCCCCAGAUCUUGGACUUUAUCAAGUUUGUAUUGUUCUUGUGGAGACUUUUCCAAGAAAAUAGAAAUGGAAAUGAUUUUUUCGAGUGCGCUUUAUGGAAAUUUUUUUCGGUUUAAUUGAGCUUUUUUCAUAUUUUUUUAGUGGAGAGAAUGUCCUAAAUAUAGAUUUCUUCCCAAAAAGUCUUUUAUCGAAAAUGGCCGUAGGGAAUGUGUAAAAUGCGCUCCAUUAAACCAAACUUAAACCAGUCAAGCUGAGCCGGGAUUUUCGCCUUAUUUUUAGCGGAAAAGCCUUCGCGGGCUUAGACCAGGUCUGGCUUCAGAAGAAAUUUCACAUGCCAUCAAAAAAAAUUUCAGCGGAAAAAUUGUUUUUCUGGUUAAAUCAUAGUUUCUGAUGAUAUCUUAGUUCAGAAAAGACCCAAAAUCGUGAUUUUUGUUGUACAAAAGUCUAUAUUUGACUUGAAAAAAAGAGUUCCGAAGCUACUAAAGUAGUCACUAGAAAUGCCCCGACAUGUCCGAUUCACGUUACCAAAGUCCGAAGUAUUGCUUGAGGUUUGGACGGGCUCGGAAAAAAUAACCACAGUCCCAAUAGGAUGACAGGCCGGCCCUCAGUAAAGCCUGUUUUCAACCCUGGGGUGUCAGUUUUAAAAAAAGGGUUAUCUGACAUAUUCUAAUUUGAAAGCUGGGAUGGAAAAAAACAGGAAACUCUGAAAAGUUACAUUUUUAAUAAAAUAAAUAAAUAAAAACGGGUUGAACCAAUGAUGUUCAGGACCGACGUCACCAUGCACGAGCUCUACCUUCAAUGCCGUCGAGACAUCAUCGAGGAGAGGAUACAGCCGAAAAGAGACGCCGCUUUUGAACUGGCCGCUUUGGCUCUUCAGGUACAGAAAAAAAGAGUUCUAGAACGUCAAAAAUGUGGUUGAGAAGUUGAGGAUUCCCAAAGAACUUAGAAAGUUCUUGUCCAGUUUAGACAAUUUUAGUCCAUUUUUGUUAAUUUGAAACAGUUUGCAGAAAGGGCGUGUAUGAAAAUGACCUUUGGGAAAGUUGUUGCAUAUAGGAUUUUUCCGGUUUUGUAUUUUUUUUUAAUGUCUUUGGUCUUUUUUGAGUUCCGUUGGUUGAUUUUAAACUAUUCCUUUGAAAAAUCAUAAAUUCCUUUUAAAAACUUUGAGAAUUUUCUCCAGAAGCGAGAAUCUUAGACAGUCUGUGUAUGCAGGGAACUAUAUUUUUUUUAUCAUUUUUUUGCCCUUUUUUUAAAUUAGUUUUGGUCUUCGUUCGACCUUUUUUUUUUGGUUUUUGUAUUUCUGAGCUUGAAAAAAAAUCUAAAAAAUUUUUGAAAAUGGUCCUAGUCGAACCGACUUUUUCAAUUUUAGAAAAAUGACUUUUUCUAACGUUAUGAAGUUUUCAAAGAAAUUUCAGAAAGUUUCCAUCAAAAAUGUUUAUUUUUCAGGCCGAAUUCGGCAACCGACCCCCUCCUGUUAUCGUCGAUUAUUUCGACAUUCAACACUACUUGCCCAAGGUUUUUCUGAUAUGUCCGUUCUUGAAUCAUAGAUAAUUUAUUCAGAGAUUCUGCUCCUUUGAAGAUCCGAAACGGUUGCAACUUCUUCUAUCCGAACUACAUGGUCAUUAUGGCGGGACGAGGCGGGAGGAGUCGGAGAAUAAAUAUAUUCAAGUGAGUUUUGAGGAUUUCGAAUGGAAAGUUGGCUGAAAAGACGAUUAAAUUGGUAAACUAAAAUUCAAAGAAAUAGGUUUAAAAGUUCAUGAAGUUGCAUGAAAACUUGAUAAAUUGAUUAAAAUUCGAUGAAAAAGGCGUUUUUGUCUUCAGAUCUGCCAAAAGCACGGCGAUUUCGGCUGUCACCUCCACAGGGUCUUCCGGACCAAGCCAACGACCUCCCACGGAGCCUCACCUUUUGAUCCGGACACUGGAUCGUCUCUUUGGAUUGGAAUCCUGCCGAGAGGCAUCCGGAUCUAUGAAGAACAGGUUUUAGAAGAGCUCACCUCAAUUUAUAUGUAGUUUGCUCGAAAAGACUCCAUGGGUUUUUCACAGGACCCGCUAAAUUUCGAACGGUGUAGCCCAUUGAAAUUUUUGGAUUUUGAACUUUUCUUUUAGCUAGAGAACUUCCGGGUUUUUUUUUUUGUAAUUUUCACGUCUCGAAAGUCAUUUUACGAAAAAUAAAAUAGGCUCACAAAGAAUAGAAAAAAAAAGUGGAAAAUGAUGGGAAGCAGAAAAAAAAAACAAGGGGUUUAUUUGAAAAUUACCAUAGAGAUGCGGAUAAAUCCGAAAAUUCGCACCAUCCGAAAUUCUCGAAAAAAGGACCAUUUGAAGUGUGUAGGUCCUUCAAUACAUCUUAUUUUUUAGAAAUAUUUUUGAACAAUUUACCGUUGAUAAAUAUUUUAAAAUUUAAUAUGAAAAAAAAAAAGAGAACACUCUUACGAUAGAGUGACAGUUACAGAAUCGGCAUGUCCCCAACAAAUAUAUGAUAACUGCGAUGGAGGUAAAUACGAAAGUUGAAGAGACUUUCGGAAAAUUGUUCUUUUUCUCAUUCCUCUGUUUGUUCGUUGAUUUUUAUAGUUAUUUUAAAUUUUUUAAGAAAAAAGUUCAAAAAUGUUCAUUGGGAUUUCUUAGUUGACGUUUCGUAGUUGUAUAUCAAAAGAUUUUCAAUAUUGCACAGAAAGUUUGAAUAAAGUCGAUUUCUCCCUAUUUAAAGCUUGAUAGCUGCAUAGGGAAUGGCUCAAUGCGUUGCGGUUGCUUGGCGGUUAAUGUGAAUAUUUUCCUGAUUUCAAUGCGACUCGCCACAACGCUUUGAGCCAUUCUAGAUCUGAAUAAAAAAUUCAAAUAUUUUUGGAAAUUUCUACCCAAGUCUACGAUGACAAGCUGAAGUUCUUGUGUACAGCCAAAAUCCCUUUGUCUUGAAAGUUUUCACUCACUUUUAUGUGCUGCUUUAUCCCCUGUGAAACAGUUUAAUGUAGAAUUUUCGAGAUUUUUGCUCGAGGUUCUUUGAAGAGUGUACCCUUUGUAGUUUGUAAAAUUCACGGUUUCCAAAUAUUUUAUAUUUUCUUCAGGGUGGCGCUAGAGAAUUGUUGGCCGAACACCUGUGGCCGCAGACGCAGACCUUGCAAUUCGACAAGAAGAGAUUCGUCAUCGUCGCCUUGGGAGUGACGGAAGAACAGAUGGAGAGCACCUUCUACACCGAUCACCAUACAAAGUGAAUACAUCGAUUUUUCAAAAAAUUGGUAAAAAGGGAUCAGUGAAAAGCUUCUCGAAAAUUUUGAAGUUUAAAAGUCCAUAUUAUUUUGUCAAUACACUAGGAAACUUUGUUUCGAAAUUUUCAAUUUGAAUCUAUUUUUGAUUAUUUUUCAUCAAGUUUUGAAGUACGGGUUCGUCAUAUCAUUGACAAGGAAGGUCACUCGGGAAUUUCCUGAAAAUUGACCAGGAAAUUUUUUGAAGGCCUAAAUGAAGGUUAGGAGAAUCUCAACCUGUGAAGCUUUGUAUCUUUGGAGGGAAACACACCAAAAUUGAGAUGGACCAUUAAAACCAGUUGGAAUGAACCAUUUUGAGACUUUGUGCCCUUGUUUUUCAAAACCAGGAAGUCGUGCAGGUUGAGACCUCCAAGUUCUUCAUCUGGUAGAUCAAAAAGUGUUCUGGCCGAUUUUUAGACUUUUCCUAAGCGCAAACUGAAUAAAAUCCUCGAAAAAUGAAGGGGCAGGUUAACGUCUAGGUUUAAAGCUUGAAAAAAAUCCAGAAAGGCUUCAAAUAUUUUUCUUUAACGUAUAAAAUUCAGAAGCGCUUACUUUGUCAAGUUUGCCGCGUCUCAACAUCGGUUCAUGAUGAAGAUGCGACAGUGGAAGAGCACCCUCCGGCUCGAGAAUACCAUGCAGUCGAUGCCUGACGUCUGUGUCGAAGGCCGACAAGUCGCCCCGCUUCCGAUUCGACGUGAGUUGCGAAUAGAAACGUUUUCAUGCUGUCCGCAAUUGGAAUGGCUAAGAUUUAUGCGGCGGCGAUUUUUUAAAGUGAUUCUGAGAACGUUUAGUUUAACGUGUGCUUUUGGAUCGAAAGCUACUUUAGAAUAUUAUGAAUUGAUUUUCUCGGAGUUAUAGUUGAAAGGGCGGGACUUCUCUGCGCUCUCCUCGUCUCUCGGCGACCCACUGAUGUUGACUUGCUAUUUUCCUGUUUCUCUGACCUGAGUUGUGAGAAAACAGAGAGACGCAGGCAUUCGAAAACUGUGAUGAGCUUUAGUUUAUUUUCCACUGACCUGCGUCUCUUUUCCCUCGCCGGCAAGGUUAGAGAAAAAGAAAAAUAGCACGCAUACAGAGGACUGUCGCCGAAGGGGGUAGGACCGCAGAGAAAUCAGAUAUUUUAAAGGGAAUAACUACUUUUUUUUUUGAAAACUGAGCACCUUUCCUUAGAGUAAAGUGUAGCCUAUCGUGUUCUGCGAAUUACCCAAGUUUGAUAUUCGUAUUCUUGGUUCACAUCAGCUUUCUGGAGUUUUUAAAGGAGCAGCUUCCAGGUCUUCAAACGAAGAGCCUUUUCCAGCAUUAUUUUAGGUUUCUGCCCUUUGAAACACUUUGGGAAGCUGAAGACUAUAGAGGUGUGAAUUUGUGGUUGUGUUCAGCGUCGCUGGAAGACACGCCACCACAGUCGCCGCUCGAUUCGGCGAGCGCCGUCUUCGCCAAGACGCCCGCGACGAACGGCUCCGCGACGCCGGCCAGUGCUCGCGGAGCCGCGAGGCCUCUGGCCGUCCCGCCCCCGGCUCCGAGCUCGUCCAGCUCCCGACUGCCCCAGUACGACACCGUCGACGACAUCGAUGCACCUAGUGAGCAUGAUAAUUGUGUAGAAAAACUGGGAAGACGUGGUACAGUAGCAAAAAAUAAACGUUAGAUGUUCAAUAGUGAGCUCAUUCCUUGACUUGAAUUUGACCCAACAAGAAGACUUUUUUAGCGUCCUCUUGAAAUUAUGAUGAAACUUGCUGAUGGUGGGCUCCGGAAUCCAGAAAAAUGUGCUUUUGUUUCUCUGAGUUUUGACACUUCAAAGAUCGGAAAUUGCCCAAAAUAUGAAGCUCUAUUUGGAACUUUAGAACUGCUUCAGCCUAGUUUCAAAGUUCCGGUAUGGGGCUUAAAAGGUCCCCUUAUAAGUUGGUAAAUAUUGGAUUUUACCUUUUCACUCUUUUUCUAGUGUUUGUAGUUGUCUUUCAUUGCACCGUGUUCUAAUAAGGUUCUUUGAGAUUUUUGAAAUAAUCGAAAAUGAGAAGAUGAAACUUUUUUGAGUAACGAAGUAAGAGAACGUCCAAAGUGUAUCGCUUUUUGCGUCUUCAACUGAUCUAUCUUAUCUCGGGAAUUAUUCAGACUCUCAAGUUGAAAACUUCGAACGCUUGACUCGUGGAGAAAGCAACGAUGAAGAGCCGCCACGUGGGAUGCAGUUCGACGUCGUUUUGCUCAAGGUUUGCUUUUUUUAUUGAAAUUUCAUUUUUGUUAAAUUUCAUCUUAUUCUCCUUUUUCGUCUUACGUCUUUGUACCACUUGAAAAAUAAAGCCUAGAGCCAGGAAGGAUUGGAAAGCCUUUGGAACUGUUUGAAAUUUUUUUGAAGAUAGAAAAGUAAAACAUUUGAAAAAAGUUAAAAUUUAGUGUCUAACCCGCCCUAAUACGAGGAGACAGGAUUCUAUACUGAUACAAGUAAUAAUCAGUGAACUGUAUUUAGUAAAUUUUUCCUCCUUGUGUGUCCUGAGAAGCCGUGGUUUCCCACUACUAUUAUAUUUUGGUUGGUUCGCUGCGGGUUCGAACUUGUGACCCUUUGGACCGUAGGCAGGCACUCGCCCUGUUGCGCUACGGCGCCCCAGUUACCUCGUUUUCCUAUUUUCAGAGUUCUCAUUCUUUCGAGCUCAAAGUUUAUGGGGAAGGUUAUAUCGUCACGUUCAAAUAAUGAAUUUGCACCGCGAAUCAGAUUCAAGGGUUUUUCUCUAGCUUCUAGUUUUAAUUGAGUGAAUCACUCAGUCCAAAUCGUUUCCCUCUCCAAGUUUCUCAAUGUGACGGCAUGAAUCCCUAAGUUUUUCAGGAAGAAAACGGACUGGGUUUAACGUUGGUCGAUGGGAAUCUGAACGGAGUUCCUGGCGUCUACGUCAAAAUGGUCGCGGACAAUGGAGCCGGCAUGAAAGCGGUGCCUUUUUCGAUCUUAUUUAUUUGAAGGAAGAGAUUUUUACGAGUUCAAAAAUUUUAUAGUUUGAGCUUUGAAGGGCCAAAUAGUAACUAGUAAAGCUGCAAAAGUUGACUAAAAGCACGAUUUUUCAAAUUUUUUAAAAUUUUCCUUGGUAUAGCAAGCGUUAAUAAGUGACAUAUCAAGUCAAAUUUUUGUUUGAAAUAGUUAUUUAAUUGAAUUUUUAGAGUACUCUCUUUGAUAAGAACUGUAGGAAAAGGUUUUUUUUGGACUUGUAGGUUCGAAAAACGAACUUUUUGACAAGCUGAGAGUUCAUUCUUUUUUUUGAUAAAAAAGUGGACUUUGGGAUUUCAAAAAUCUGUGAAGUUUAAUUUACGGAGAUUCAACUUUUUACUAUUGAUUUUAGUAGUCAAGGUCAAGCGUUUACAACGGAAAAUUUUUAGAAUUUUCGAAAUUAGUUUUUUUUUCUACGAAAGUUACGUUUUCUGAUCAAUCUUUCUAGAUUUUGGUUCCAUUACGACUUAUUUCUAGGGUCUCUGCGUUGGUGACCGCCUCGUGAAAGUUGGAGACGAGUCCCUGGAAGGCAAAGAUCGCCACAGAGCCGUCGAACUCGUAUCUCAAUGUGGCCCCCGGGUUCCGCUUUCCAUCGCUCGUCUCGAUGGAAUUAUUCGUCAUGAACGUGGCGGUAUAUUUUUCAGAUGUUUAAGAAAAGACAAUAAUUUUGAAAUAAAUAGCAAAUGUGUCCAAAAAAUGUUUCGUAACACUCAGGGGUCGAAUAUGGCGCAAAAUUUAUUCAACUUGAGUGAAAAAAAAAUGUAAAAAUCUACGAAAAGAAGUUGAUCAUUGGAUUGACUGAAAAUUUGACAAAGAAUGGUUCGAUAUCCAAAUUUUGAUGUCUAGUGUGUUCAUUACCAUUUUGAAAUUUCUAAAGGUGUAGGGUCAUUUUUAUACCCUUUUUUAUUCAAUUUGAAGAUGAAGCGACUUUUGGUAAUCAAGCUUUUUUUCAUUAUAGUUUCUCAAAAAAGCAUGAGCCUCAUGAGUAUUUUUAUUACAGCUUUAUCAGCUUAGAACUUCUUCUUGUAGAGUAGCCGUGUCUGUCUUUUCAGUCCACUUUUACCAGUCUUUCCUUUUUUGGAAAAUUUCUCGAAGCUUUUUUCCUUUGUGAUUGUGGUCGUUUUGUUGCAGUGUCCCAUGAGAAUGUGAAGAAGAACAGUACGGCGUCGAAUGGAACCGCUUCGAAUUUAUCGGUGGGAAGUUCCCAGGCACAGAAAGGUUCAUUUUUGUGAUGCUGAAGCUGAAAAAUCCGAAGGGACGCCAGAGAAACGAGCCUUCUUUUCAUCUCUGGCGUUUUUUCAGAAAGCUAUUCUGGCUAGAGAGAUCUGGCGACCUUGAGAGAGCACAGAGAUGUUAGAUGUUUCUCGUUGUCUGCUUUCUCUUUGAAAGACGAUGCUCUCUCAUUUCCGCUCAAAAAACAACUCCAAAUGAAUAGAACUGAGAGAUCGCGCAGUCUGAAGAGACGCCAGCGAAAAGAGAGAUAUUUGUUUGUCUAACGUCUCUUCAGACCAAUAUUGUGUUUACGCUCCUACCCAUAAAAUAACUCGAAAAAAGUCAAAGCGAGAGAUCAACAGGAACCUGGAGAGACGCAAGAGAAGAUAGGAAUCUCUCUUUCUCUCUUCAUGCUGUAUUGCUGUCUCACUAUUCCCUUUUUUCUAUCAUUUUUUUCAUCUGUUUCUUCUCACCUUUGUGCUGUAGGUUUAUUGUGUGACUUUUUGACUUUUUUUUUUGACAAUUUCAGGAUUUGAUCAAAAUAAGUUUCAUUGUAUUUCGAUUUAUUUUUCAGGAGUUUCGCGUACGCCGCCGGCGCCGCGCCGUGCUGCAAACCGACGUCAGAGGGCCGUCAGCGAUUUCGGAGCCAUUGGAGAUAAUCUUCCGACCCUCGACGGAGAUAAUUUGAUCAAUAUCAAGGCCAUUUCGGGGUGAGUAGAAGAAUAUUUGAAAUCAGAAAAAUGGUUUGAGAACAGAUUUUCAAGAUUUCUCUUGGUAGCAUUCCAAAUGUCACUACGUAAUGCGGUUACCAAUAAGCUUGAAUUCGAGCGCGUCCGACUUUGAAACGGCUUACGCUUUAUAGCAUAGGGGAGCUUCAUAAGAAACCUUUGACUGUUGAAAACGAUAUGAAUUUUUUUUCAAACUCGAUUGAUUUUUUGGGUCAUUCCUAAUGCGGCCAUGAAGUUGAGAGUUGUUGAAAAUUGAAGUUUAAAAGAUUUUCUUUUUUUCAAAAUUUUCAUUUUGAUGUAAAUUGAUGAGCCCUGUCCUGGUCGCAAUAAGAAUGUUUUAUGUCCUGCGGCUGCGGAGCGUAUUUGAGUUUUUGUGCAUUGGACCUUGAAAUGACUUGCGCACGAUAUCAUUCAAAUUAGAGGCUAUGCGGUAGCUGACAAUUUUCAGGAAAUUGAAAAGUUAAACCGUGGCUUUUUUGAGCCAUUCCAAGUGCGACCGUAAAGACAUUUUGAACGAAAUCGGGUUCAAAAGUUCAACUGAAUUUGGCUUCCAGACUUCAUCUGGACGAAUCGGACGAAGAAAAGGGCGAAUAUCGGCUCCCGACGACUUCCAUGUACAAUUUCGACCGUGAGGAAGAAGUCCAAAUGUCAAAUUCUAAGGUGAAAAUUUAGUAAACAUAUUUCUUUCCAAAAAAAAAACAUUAAAUCGUGUAGUAACAUGUUUCUAAGGCACUGAAAUCAUUUGAUUUUUCAGUCGCAAAGAAACGUCGAGCCGGAGAGGAUUACUCCGUCCGAUGGGAGGAAGUAUCGUUAUGCUAGGUAAUUUUUUGAAAAAUUUUCGAAAAAAAAAAGUUUCGGGAGACAUUUUCAGUAUUUUUGGUACGAUUUGGAUUUUUUCAGAAAGUCGAACCUGGACUGGACGGAAGAGCUGGAGGACGUCGGCGAGGAGAACGAGGAGGAGAAUUUUACACCCGGCGUUAUUGAUGUGAGGAAAAUAAUGUAUUUUUACAAGAAAUUUGAUCAAAAAAUGAAGGAAAAAAAAAAUGAAAAAGGCGUGCUUUUCUGUCUUGUAAUAUUAAGGUUAUAAAGUUUUUCUGCUCCAGAACUUUUACAACUUUUCUUCAUACUUUAUUUUUUGUAGAUCGAACUCCGGCGGAAUCAAAACGGCUCUUUGGGAGUUCAAAUCGCUUCCCUUGGCGGCCGUGUCUGUAUCAAACAACUGACCGCAGAGCCCGCCAUUUCUCAUCCCGAUAUUCGCGUCGGCGACACUCUUCUUUAUGUGAGUUUGAAGAGAAGAGAGUCAGGAAUUAUGAGCCUCAAAGUUAUGCGGUUUGUGCGCUCCGAUGAUAAAUUUUUACAAGGAACAGGUGUGAGACAUUCGGUUUCGUUAGUUCUUCAAAAUAAAAGGCUCAGGCUUAAAGUUAAAAUAUAUACGCUCGGUUUUUUCGUUAAAUGAUGAACUACGGACCAAGUAAGAUCUUACAGUAGUGAAGACUGGUUUUUCAGGAGGUAGAUGUUCAAAUUUGUAUAUCAGAAACAAGGCUUCAAAACUUAUUCCGAACCGGGAACGUACGUAAAUUGUUAUUUUAAACAGAAAAAAAAGACGAACAAAUUUCAUUUUGAUUUUACAUUAAUCAAUGAAGCACAGGCUAAGUGAGAAUUUAAAACUUGAAAAAAAAAUCAUAAAAUCAACCCUGUUCAGGUAAAUGGCGUCGCGGUCGAAGGAAAGUCCCAUCACGAAGUCGUGACGAUGCUCCGUAGCGGCGGCGAAGUUGUCACCCUUGGUGUACAGCGAACGUCCUCGACCGACGUCGGCAAGGCCGCUGGAUCGACCCCGUCCGACGCUCAGAUCGUCUCCGUCGUUUUGCAGAAGAAGCCCCAGGGAUCUCUUGGUCAGACCUUCAUUUUUCUGCAAAAAGUGCUCAAUUUUCCAUGUUUUUCAGGCCUGUCAUUGGGCAAGCGAACAAUGUCUGAUGGGAUUUUCAUUAGAUCGAUCGCCGAUGGGUCGGCUGCUGAUCUUGAUGGUGGGUUUAACGAUAAAAUUUAGGGUUUUUGCUUUUAUAAAACGUAGAAUUUGAAGAAGAAGAUAUUUUUCCAAGCCUGAAAAAAUUAUAACGAACUUUGUAAGGUCUGCAAUUCAUUGAUAAAGUAUGAAAAUUGUAUUUUUUUCAAAUUGAAACAUGAAAGUUGUUUUUUAUUGAACUUGUUUUUCGCAAAAGUUUAUAAAGAAAGAUUUUUCAUUCGUUAAGAUUUCAUAGAAAUGUUUAUUGAAAGUUCAUUUUAUCAUAGCUUCUUUUUUGCCAGACUUUGAGCUUUCAGAUUUAUUUUUGGACUGAUUUUGAAUCAUACAUGUAGUUUUUUACGCUGAUUUCAAAUCCUGUAUCAAAAGUAGCCCAAUACGCCUGUCAAAGCAUUUUGGACUAUCAAAUGUCCGAAAUUUGGAAAUCGAAAUUAUGUGUUUCAAAUUUGGGAAACUCGAGAAAAAAAAACGAUCUCAAUUUAAGAAAUUUUCGACUCUUGAGAGUGUAUAACUUUUUUCAUAGACGUGUUGAGCAAUUUUUGAGACUGGUUUUGGAAUCAGCGGGAAAAAAUACACCUAGUGAGUCUAGUCUCAAUUAGAAGUCCUCCUGUGAGCUGAGACCAUUCCCUAGUCAGAUAGAAAUAUUGAAACAUGAAUUCUCAGGGACUCUUCGAGUUGGGGACCGGAUGGUUUCGCUCGACGGCGAACUAGUCGAAGGACUGACCCCUUCAGCGAUUUUGGACCGAUUAAAAAUGGUCCAAGGACCCGUGGCCAUCACU